UUUUUUCAAAAGCAAAUCCCUUUAAAUCCUCCAACGUGCAAUGCCUGAUGCAAACAGGAGUAAUUUACUUCUAUAAACAAAGAAGAGAAGCUCACCUCCAUCUCCAUCAACUUCAAGCUCUUGAAAAGCUAUGGAAGUUGAUUCACUACUGCCUAAGCCAACUUACGGUGGCAUAAAGAGGUCAUGGAGAAGGCGGCGCUACCAGCGCCUCGAUGGCGGCGGCGGCGACAACAACAACAACGGUGGAAAGAAAAUGAAGACCGUAAGGUUGAGAAGAAGCCCUCGUAGGUCUUGGAGGAUAAGAGCAGUUCCAAGGUUGACAUGGAUGGUUAGGUCACCAUUGAAGAUGUGGACAAAGCUUAAGAAUGUUUAUAUGAACUUUAUGUUGAGGUCCAUGGACACUGACAACAUCUUUGGUGGGAAACGGAUUCCGAAGGCUAGUGAAGUCUCUAAGGGUUAUACCGGCGAUGCCUUUGAGGCCAGGCUCAUUUUUGAGAUCUCCAAGGCCUUGGUUGCUUCUCAUGAACUAUAUCCCAUGUGAUUGUCUUUUUUCAUAUGUUUUGUUUCUUUUUUGGUUCUUUCUCUUUUUUCUCUU